GUGGUAGUAGUCGGAUGGAUUGUAUUUUCAGUGGGGGAGAGGGGCAAAUAAAAAUGUAGCAAGCUUUAUUUUUAAAAAUGCUUAAUGGAAUUAUAACGACAUUCGGUUGUUUCAUUUGCAUCUGCUAAAUUCGUAAACUAUGGGGAUUUUUCCCCCCCAAUGCUGAAGAUUCUCCAACUGUCAUGCUCAGCUUUGUUAAAGGAGGCCUGUGUCUCUGAACUUCAGUGUCUUAGCCAGCUCUAACAUCCAAAAUGCUGUUUGUCUGUCAUUGAAUUAGCUACUUCUGAGGAAAUAAGUUGAAGGUUUGCCCAUGCUGAAGGUUUGCCCUUCAUGCUGAAGCCUGUGGGGGGAAAAAGCAGCUCCUCUCUUUCCUGAAACUCAGUUGGGUAACCCAUGACAAUGUAACUGAUAGGCAGCUUGAGAGCUCACUUUCCCAAGCAGUUGCAAACAGGAUGUCAUCUUAAGCCCUGGCAUAGACAAAAAAAAAACGCAGUCACUGCCUGCGUAGUCACUGGAGGGCUCCAGGCUCCUCUAAAGUCAUGCAGUCUUCAGAGGAGUUGUUCAAAGGGAAACUGAAGACCUUGAAUGGGAGCAUGGGGCCUCCAGCUACCAACCCACAGGGGAAGCAUGAGGGGGGUGGAAAACCCAAUGGCACACCUGCCAUGCCCAAAAUGGGGGUGCGUGCCAGGGUGUCAGACUGGCCCCCAAAAAAGGAGCUCUGGGAUAGCCCACAUGGACCAAACUAUGAGAAUGUUAUUAUGGCCUUCCAAAAUGGGCAGUUCAACCAAAGCAUAGAAAUCUCUGAAAUGAGCAAAAAACCUCUGGAACUCGAUCUUAAUGACACAAAAUAUUCACUGAGUGACAUUUUGAGUCGAUCCCCUUUAAAGGGACUUCAUCCUAUACGGCAGCGAAGUAACAGUGAUGUGACCAUCAGUGAUAUAGACACUGAAGAUGUAAUGGACCAAAAUGCCAUCAACCCAAACACUGGUGCCUCAUUGCAUCGGGAGUAUGGCAGUACUUCCUCUAUUGACCGUCAAGGUCUAGGUGGGGAUGUAUUCUUUACAUUGUUAAAGGGUUACAGAGUAGAUAUGUUGGACCAUCGGAGUGCACCUCCAACUGGUUUUCCAGAGCUUCUGUGUUGUGAUACUGGUCUCUCACCUAGUUUGCAAACUGCAGCUCAGAUAGCCCGUGGAGAAUUUGUUCAUAUCUCAGGCUAUGACUAUGUGGACAGUUCCCUUCUUUACAGCCGAGAGAGAGAGAAGUCCUUCAUGCGGCGGCUUAAGUCAGAGUCAUCUGAGACAUCACUCUUUCGCAAGCUGAGAACCAUUAAGAGCGAGCACGAUGGUCUCAGGCUGUCCACUGAACAGGAUGACCAGCGGCCUCUCAGCUUUCAGAAGUGCUUUGCACACUACGAUGUCCAGAGUAUACUCUUCAACGUCAGUGAAGCAGUAGCAAACCGAGCCAGCCUUGGUCAGAGAAAGAACACAACCACUGGUGCCUCAGCUGCUUCACAGUAUCAAGUCCCAGGAAAUUGUGCAGUAAGUGGAAAUACCUGCAGCCCUGCACCCAUGUUUGAGCCCCUACUCGGCAGCCAUGAAGACAUAAACCCUAAGGAGAACCUGGAUGCUGAUGAGGGCGAUGGAAAGAGCAAUGGGCUAGUAUUAAGCUGCCCACAUUUCCGCAAUGAGAUUGGUGGUGAGGGCGAGAGAAGGAUUUCUCUCUCUCGGACCAACAGUGCCACCUACAGUGGUGGAGGGGAAAAUUGUUCCUUUGAAUCUUCAUUAAGCUCUCAUUGUACCAAUGCUGGUGUUUCUGUGCUGGAGGUGCCACGGGAAAACCAGCCCAUUCAUCGUGAAAAAGUCAAGAGAUACAUCAUUGAGCACAUCGACUUAGGAGCAUACUAUUACCACAAGUAUUUCUAUGGAAAAGACCACCAGAAUUACUUUGGGGUGGAUGAGAACCUUGGCCCUGUGGCUGUCAGUGUGCGAAGAGAGAAGCUUGAAGAUGGGAAAGAGAAAGAGGGAUCACCAUACAGUUAUCGUAUUGUAUUUAGGACCAGCCAGCUGACUACACUACGAGGAGCAGUUCUGGAGGACGCAGUGCCCUCCACAGCCAGGCAUGGAACAGCCCGUGGUCUCCCCCUGAAGGAAGUUUUGGAGUAUGUGGUUCCUGAGCUGAACAUCCACUGCCUUCGCCUGGCCCUCGGUUCUCCCAAAGUCCCUGAACAACUCCUCAAACUGGAUGAGCAGGGGUUAAGUUUCCAGCACAAGGUGGGUGUGUUGUACUGUAAGGCGGGUCAGAGCACAGAAGAGGAAAUGUACAAUAACGAAAGUGCAGGGCCUGCACUGGAUGAAUUCCUGGACCUGCUGGGCCAGAGAGUGCGGCUGAAGGGCUUCACCAAGUACAGAGCACAGCUGGAUAAUAAGACGGACUCCACUGGAACCCACUCCCUUUACACUACGUACAAGGACUAUGAGCUAAUGUUUCAUGUGUCCACUCUCCUCCCCUACACUCCCAACAACAGACAACAGCUGCUAAGAAAAAGACAUAUAGGAAAUGACAUCGUCACCAUCGUGUUUCAGGAACCAGGAGCCUUGCCCUUCACCCCUAAAAACAUUCGUUCCCACUUCCAGCAUGUGUUUGUUACUGUCAAAGUUCACAACCCCUGCACUGAAAUUGUCUGUUACAGUGUUGCUGUAUCCAGAUCAAAAGAUGUGCCUCCAUUUGGUCCUCCCAUUCCUAAAGGGGUGACCUUCCCAAAGUCAGCUGUAUUCAGGGACUUCCUACUGGCCAAGGUAAUCAAUGGUGAAAAUGCAGCACACAAGUCGGAGAAGUUCCGAGCCAUGGCAACUCGCACACGCCAAGAGUACCUUAAAGACCUUGCAGAGAACUUUGUGAGCACAGCCACUGUGGACUCAGCUGUGAAGUUCAGCUUCAUCACAUUGGGUGCGAAGAAGAAGGAGAGAGCCAAGCCACGGAAGGAUGCCCACCUACACAGUGUAGGAGCUAUAACAUGGAGUGUGGUGGCACGGGACUUUGGCCAAUCAGCAGAUGUUGAGUGCCUGCUUGGCAUCUCCAACGAAUUCAUUGUACUCAUUGAGGAGGAGUCCAAGAAUGUGGUCUUCAACUGCUCCUGCCGGGAUGUGAUUGGCUGGACUUCCAGCAUUAUGAGCAUUAAGAUCUUCUAUGAACGUGGUGAAUGCGUCAUGUUCUCAGCACAGGAGAACUGUGGAGAGGACAUCAGGGAAAUCGUCCAGCGGCUUGAGGUCGUGACCCGGGGCUGUGAGACCACAGAGAUGACUCUGCGCCGGAAUGGCAUUGGACAGCUGGGCUUCCAUGUGAAUUUUGAAGGCAUCGUGGCCGACGUGGAAGCCUUCGGCUACGCAUGGAAAGCCGGCCUACGGCAGGGCAGCCGGCUUGUAGAGAUCUGCAAAGUGGCUGUGGCCACACUCACCCAUGAGCAAAUGAUUGACCUGCUGCGCACUUCCAUCACCGUCAAAGUGGUCAUUAUCCAGCCUCAUGAAGACGGUACUCCCAGAAGGGGUUGUUCAGAGCUAUACCGCAUUCCCAUGGUGGAGUACAAACUGGAUAGCGAGGGCACACCCUGUGAGUAUAAGACUCCAUUCAGGAGGAAUACCACCUGGCACCGGGUGCCCACCACUCCGGCUGGGCAGCCCCUUUCUCGAGGCUCACCUACUCAGGGCCCCGAGCGCGGGCAUUGCCAGGCCGUUCUCCAACACAGCCAGACCUCCAUGCCACGCAGCACAUCUUUUGACAGGAAAGCGCAUGAUGGCUCCAGAAUGAUGCAGGAUAUAGAAAACCCACAGAUCUCCUGCAGUAAGGGAGAGGUGAGUCAACACUACCGUAGCUCACCCAGUAACCAGUCAUCGUCCAGCGACCCAGGGCCAUGCGGUAGCACCACUUGGAGCCAACAGCUAGGAAAUGAUGGAAGCCAGUCGCCUACACUGCAUGAACGUUCAUCUGAAGCCCAACGCAUGCUGGGAGAUGGUGAGGUGUUGCGAGAGAGAGAGCACACACUGGAGAGAGCAUGCUCUGCAGAGGCCAAGUGGCACAGCCAUUCCUCAAAGAUCCUCAACUCUCUGAAAGAAAGAGGCAAGGACUCGCCAAGCAAGCUCGCCCGAGGUGUAGAUAAGAGGUCCAGCCACUCUAGUAGCAACACUCUGUCCAGCAGUGCCUCCAGCAAUAACAGUGAAGAGAAGCACUUUGGCUCGGGUGACCUGAUGGACCCAGAAAUGCUGGGCCUCACGUAUAUCAAAGGUGCUUCCACAGACAGUGGAAUAGACACAGCCCCUUGCUGUGUGCAAUCUCCAGCCCUGGGGGUGGCAGCCGCUGCUGUGGCCCGUAUAGUGCUCCAGGAACGGGGAGGUGUGGAGCAGGUGCACCCCUGGCUGACUGAUCAUCCAGAGGACACUGGCAAAGAUGAGGAACACAACAAGCUCUACCUUCCCCAGAGCUAUGCUGCAGUGCUAGCAGCUGAACACUCCACCAAAGACUGCAGCAUGGGAGAUCUGACAGAAAUUGCUUCACAUUCAAGAAGCCCUCUGGCCCAUGGCUCCAAACACAGCUCAUCUCCAGAGUUAUCCAGGGCCCAGGCUUGCUUACACAACUCCCAGGACCCUGGGCCCAGCAUUGAAGUCCACAAACAUGGCCUCAUCAGGGGGGCAGAGGAAAGAUCCAGCCCAGAUGAGCCCCAAAAUCUGUCUGAUUGUGGACAACUGUACGUGGUGGAAGCAGCUUGCCGACUGCAGGAAGGCGAAACGGCCACAGAGGGGAGACUCCAGGCCAGCAUGUCAAAUGAGGAGUACCUGAAGAUGAUGUUGCCAGACAGCCCACUAAGGUUGAAGAGCCACAGGAAAGCAUCAACAGCAGACAACCCAUCUCCACAGUGCUCUCUCUACCGCACUCUUUCCGAUGAGAGCAUGUGCAAUAACCGGAAGGGCUCAUCCUAUAACAGUUCCCGCAGCUCCAUGCUGGACCAGGCUCUGCCCAAUGACAUUCUGUUCAGUAGCACCCCACCCUACCACAGCACACUGCCCCCUCGCAUCAGUCUCAGGCAGCCUGCCUCCACCCUCCGCAAUGAAUUCUGGUUCUCUGAUGGCUCCCUGGCAGACAGGUCUAAAUUUAAUGACCCAGGGCUUAUGCCCUUACCAGACACUGCCACUGACUUGGACUGGUCUCAUCUCGUCGAUGCAGCACGAGCCUUUGAAGACCAGCGUGUGGGUUCCUUCUGCACCAUGACAGACAUGCAGAGAGCUGAAGCAAUGCAUAUUUCCCAAGAGCUCAACAGACAUGUGGCUGCAACAGGGGAACCAACAAUACAAGCAGGGGAUAGCUCCUCUGCUGCUCUGACUGGAAAAGUCAACCAGCUGGAAGUCAUCUUGAGACAGCUCCAGCAUGACUUAAGAAAGGAGAAAGAGGACAAAGCCAUCCUGCAGGUUGAGGUGCAACAUCUUCGGCAAGACAACAUGCGUCUACAGGAGGAGAGUCAAACAGCUGCUGCCCAGCUCAGGAAAUUCACUGAAUGGUUUUACACCAUUGACAAAAAACCCUGAGAAGAGCCCUGAAUGGUUUUACACCAUUGACAAAAAACCCUGAGAAGAGCGUUGGCCUUUGUUAUAAAACAGAUAAACCAUUAUUCAGAGUAUAGCCCCUUCUAAGUGUGCCCUCUGUGUUCUGGAAGUUAACAGUUCUUAAACAGGGUACUCUAAUGAUGGAAGACAACCACUGGAAUACUGUUGGCCCCUGGAGCACUGGAGCAUUGUAAUCUCUUUAGUAAAAUCCUGCAGGUGCAUCAGAGGCCAGUUCCUAAAAGAAGAAGAUUGUAUGUAAUGUUUUCUGGCCACUGGUUUUGAUUAGUUGUAAAGGGUUAAAACCCAAGAAUCCAUCACAUUGACUAAAAUGAAGAGGACAGGGUAAGUAAGGAGGAAUGUACAGGACAAUAUUAAGUGGUACCCAGUCUCUUACAGAAAACUUCACAUUGAGGUUAGAUGACAAAGGUGGUGUAAUAUGAAUGCAAUUCACCCAGGUCCUGCUUUUGCUUGGCAUUCCCAAAACAUGUAUUGGAUCUUUUGUGUGUUUAGCUGUCAUUUCCACCCUAAGCAUUGUAAGAUGAAGUUGAAAGAAAUGUUGCAGUUCUGGCAGUAGAUGUGCUCCCCUUGCAUCAUAUUUUUGUGUAUUUGGGGGAAAAUAGUUUGGUUAAUAGGCUAUCCACCAUUAUCAUGUCCUAGCAAUAACAAAGUGGUGAUAGCAGCAGAACCUAAACACUAGCACAAAAUGUGACAAGUUCCUGGUAAGAUGCGGUUGUACUGUAUUUCUUUUCUGUACCUCAAAGAUAGGAAGUGCAUUUGUAUUCAUCGUUUUUCUUUUACAUUUUUUUUUCUUAUGAACACUUGCCUUGCUCUGGCUCACUAAAUUGUGGUCUGUGUGUACUAUUUCACAGCAAUGAAAACAAAUCAGUUCCAAGUCUUAAAUUUACAAAAAAAAUUAAAAAUAAAUAAAUAAAUUAGUAAUUUUCUGACUUAUGAAAAGUAUUUCUGCUUAAGUGUCAUGUUUUAACACUGUUAUUUAAGCUUAUUUAAAGUGAAUUUGCUAAUUUCUUUUUUUGUUGUUGUUUUCAGCAAUAAGAAGUAGAAAGCCCUGAGACUUGAUAAAUGUGUGUGUGUGUGUGUGUGUGUGUGUGUGUGUGUG